UUUUAGGUAGACCACUUAAUUCGAUAUAUUCUACUAAUUGCCACGAAGUUACGUUUCCCCUUUUGCGCCAAUGAUUCAAUUCAUGCAACCAGUGAACCACAGAAUAUACACACCUAGAAAGUAAACACCAUCUACAUCAACUUCUGCUGAAAUCCUGAAUCAUUGAAAAUUCAGAUAGUCAAUAGACUUGCGUCUAGGAUCAUCUUGCCUAUCAUCUCUUUUUUCUAUUUACAGCUAGCUGCGGCUGUUGCGUAGGAAAGCUCAAUGGGAUGGGUUUGUUGCAUUUCGUAUGUUUUGUUAGCCGCCUUUCUGUGUUUUUUCUGCAAUCUUGGAUUGAGCUCCGACAGUCUCAGACCCGGCGAAUGGGUUACUCGAAACCGGACCUUAGUCUCCGCCGGCGGGAACUUCGCGUUAGGAUUCUUCCGCCCCGGAAACUCUUCUUCUUCCUUUCUCGGGAUAUGGUACACCACCACCAACAACACUGUGAUCUGGGUCGCUAACAGAGAAUCUCCUCUGCCUCAAGAUUCUGAAGCCGUUUUCACACUCGGGUAUGAUGGGAAUUUGCAGCUUUUGUACGGCGGCGGAGGAACUAUUAUAUGGUCAACCAAUAUCUCAGGCGGCAGCAGCGGAUCCACGGCCGCCCAACUGCAAGAUACGGGAGAUCUUGUUGUGAAGCAGGGUGAGAGCACCGUUUGGGAAAGCUUCGAUGGCGACAGCGACACGUUAAUGGCGGGGAUGAGGCUAAAAGUAAACAAGAAAACCGGAAAACGGAACGUCAUAAGAUGUUGGAGUAGCAGUGAUGAUCCCCGGCCAGGGAAAUUCUCGUGGGGAGUGGAUCCUAAAGGAUCUCCGCAGAUGUUCAUUUGGAAAGGAGAUUUUCCUUAUUAUAGAAUCCCCUUAUUACAACAAGGGUUUACUUACAGUAGUGCUUACACUCCCCCAGAAGGAUAUGGAUAUUUUUCUUAUGGUAAAGAAAAUGAUGAAGAAUAUUUCAGCUAUGGAUAUGAUGACACCUCAAUUCAAGCAAGGGUCAUCUUGACUCCAGACGGGCAUAUUCAGUUACUAUUAAGGCAAAAUCCAAGUGAGAAAUGGUCGAUAGCGGUUCAGGCGCCAGCCAAUGAGUGUGAAUUGUAUGCAAGCUGUGGUUCAUUUGGAAGCUGUGACAGAUACGAUUCGCUCUCAGUUUGCAGUUGCUUGAAAGGGUUUAAACCAAAAUCACUGAAAGAUUGGGAUAAGGGCAACUAUGAUGGAGGGUGUGAGAGGAACAUAGCGUUGGGAUGUGGAGAAGAUGAUACAUUCAUGAGGCUGCCGAUGAUGAAAUGGCCUGACCAUUCAUCUUCACUGGGAUAUAUGACAUUUAAGGAUUGUGAAAUGGUGUGUUCUAGGAACUGCUCCUGCACCGCUUUUGGGUAUGCAAAUAUCACUUCUUACUCUGCAGUAAAUUGUAUAACCUGGUUUGGCGAUUUAGUUGAUUUGGCACAUCACAAUACAUCUGGAGGUUUCGGCCAAGAUCUUUAUGUUCGUGUUUAUGCGUCUGAGCUAAAUGGAAGCAGUGGAAAUUAUGAUUCACCUCACAGAAACAAUCGUCGUCUUGUUGCAAUAAUAGUUACCUCAGUCUCUUCAUUCUUUCUUCUUACUGUUUUGGUGUAUAUCCUCACCUGGAAAUACUGUGGAAGGAAAGGUUGGGUUUCUAAAAGGGCUCCUGUGUCAACUGCACCCCUUCUAGGAGAAGAUCAUAUAGAGUUGCUACAGCUUAGUUUGCUGAGAAUAAUUGAUGCUACAAACAACUUCGACGAAGCAAAUAAACUUGGAGAGGGUGGUUUUGGCCCUGUAUAUAAGGGAUUUUUAUCAGAAUUUGGGAUGGUAGCCAUCAAGAGACUAUCCAAGCAAUCAUCUCAAGGUUUGAAGGAGUUCAUGAAUGAACUGAAACUAAUUGCAAAACUACAGCAUACAAAUCUUGUGCGCCUAUUGGGUUGCUGCAUUGAGGGUGAAGAAAAAAUAUUAAUCUACGAGUACCUGCCCAAGAGAAGUCUAGACAAGUUCUUAUUUGAUGCAAUUGAGAAAGAUAAUUUAGAUUGGAAUACACGUAUUCAAAUAAUAGAAGGAGUUGCGCAAGGAAUUCUUUAUCUUCACAAGUACUCUAGACUGAAAGUCAUUCACCGGGACUUAAAAGCAAGUAAUAUUUUACUUGAUGAAGCAAUGAAACCUAAAAUAUCAGAUUUCGGAAUGGCAAGAAUUUUUGAGAUUGACCAAACUCAGGCGAAAACAAAUCAUGUGGUUGGAACAUAUGGUUACAUUCCGCCGGAAUAUGUAUUGCAUGGUCAAUUUUCUGAGAAAUCAGAUGUAUUCAGUUUUGGAGUGCUGUUAUUGGAAAUUGUUAGUGGCCAGAAGAAUUCUAAUUUUUUUCGGACUCAACUUUCUCUCACUCUCCUAGGAUGGGCAUGGAAAAACUGGAAAGAGAAACAACCACUUGAAUUUGUUGAUCUAGCGAUAAAGGAAUCAUGUGACUCUCUCAAGGUCAUAAGGUGUAUCGAGGUUGGACUUCUAUGCGUCCAAGCAAUUCCAACGGAUAGACCGAUAAUGUCUGAUGUAGUUCAAAUGUUGAGCAAUGACCAUUCAACACCAAUUUCACAACUCAAAGAACCUGCAUUUGUUUCUAGCCAAUCCAAUUUCAUUGUUUGUACUUCUCAUCCUAAUUCUAAAAAUGAGAUUACAAUAAGUAGUAUUCUCGAUCCUCGAUAAAGUAUUUGUCAUUUUUUGUAAAAAUUCUAUGCCAUUGUCAGCUCUUAUACAACUCUUUCGCCUAGAUGUAAUAUCUUCGUUUCACUUUGUUUCAAGUCUUUUGUGAACUUUACAUCUUAUUGAAUCGUUAACUCUAUUGAAUUGUAAAA